UGUAGCGCUGCAUUGUAAAUGGCUGCCGUUGUCAACAGAAGGCGAAGGGAAAACAUCCAGCGAUGAUAAAAGCAUUUCGUAACUAAGACAAGUGCCUCGGAAAUCGGAGAAAAUGUUGAGAUUCUUAUCGCGGCGCAGGGGACGCAGCACGACUGCCCAGGGCGGUUCGUCGCACAUCAAGAAUCAGAGAUUAUUGGGGAACAAAAAUGUUGUACAAUGCAGGGUUAUCCUGCUGGACGGAACAGAUUUGCCUAUUGAACUGUCGAAAAAAGCAUUGGCCAGUGAUCUAUAUGAGCAAGUCUUCUACAGUUUGGAUUUGAUAGAGAAAGAUUACUUUGGGCUGCAGUACACUGACAGCAAUAAUGUUCAGCACUGGCUUGAUCCCACCAAACCUAUCAAGAAGCAGGUUAAAAUCGGACCACCGUACACUUUAAGAUUAAAGGUAAAGUUUUAUUCGUCGGAGCCUAAUACUCUAAGGGAAGAAUUGACACGAUAUCAGUUCUUCCUUCAACUGAAACAUGACCUUCUUGAUGGGAGACUGCAUUGCCCGUAUCCAGUCGCCAUACAAAUGGCAGCUCUCACUCUGCAGUCGGAACUGGGCGACUACGAUCCGUCCGUGCAUACCGCAGCAACGGUAUCUGAAUUUCGUUUUGUCAAUGAUCAGACAGAGCAGAUGGAGCUUGAAAUAUUGGAGGAAUAUAAAAAGUGCUCGGGCCUGAGUCCAGCGCAGGCAGAAUCCGCAUAUCUUGGAAAAGCCAAAUGGCUCGAUAUGUACGGUGUAGAUAUGCAUACCGUACUCGGUAAAGACGCUUGCGAAUACUCGCUCGGCUUGACACCAACUGGAAUUUUGGUAUUCGAAGGUUCACAGAAGAUAGGAUUAUUUUUCUGGCCGAAAAUAGGAAGGCUGGAUUUCAAAAAAAAGAAGCUGACUCUGGUUGUCGUAGAAGAGGAUGACCAGGGCCAGGGUGAGCAGGAGCACACCUUUGUCUUUAGACUUGCCAACGAAAAAGCAUGUAAACAUCUGUGGAAGUGUGCCGUCGAGCACCAUGCAUUCUUCCGCUUGCGGGCACCAGUCAAGGGAGCCGGAGCCCGUCAGAACUUCUUCCGAAUGGGAUCACGAUUCCGCUACAGUGGAAAGACAGAGUUUCAAACAACCCAGCUUAAUCGAGCAAGACGCACUGUUCAAUUCGAACGACGACCAAGCCAGCGAUAUGCCAGACGUCAGAGCCAUGUUCUUCGCGAACGACAGCACCAAGUCGAACCGCCGCAAGAUCAGCCGCAGGCCCAACCUCAGCAUCCUCAAGUUCAGCCUCCCGCUGCUGUAGAAACCGACACCAUCAGACGCGAGCCCAGCAGAUGUAGCUCAAAUUCAACCAGUUCAAGCAUCCAGGGCGCUUCGUCACCACUAGUAGAUUCGUUGCUUAAAUCGUUAGCAAAGGAUCAACAUCCUCUAGAAUCAAGAAAUCAAACCACAGCUACUGGUACAGACAAGGAAGCUGAGCCGGUUAAGCCAUGCUUAACUGCUGAGAAUAUGAAUAGUCAGCAGCCACUGUUGGUACCCAAUAACCAAGUCGGUGGUGGCUCCACGCUGCCUCCUCGCACUCCUAUACCUCCCGAAUCACUAAAAUGUAACAUACUGAAGGCAAAAUCACUGGAACAGGGAAAAAAUUCGAAUCUUGUAUCUGUCAGCACUGCCGAACCGCCUUCACUACCUCCAGACAAGAAUCUGCACACCGAGGCUGCAACUAUAGUGUCCGUGGGUGGAGACAAAUUGACACUCUCUGUGAGCGGAGCAGCUGCAGCUACACUUCCGGCUGAUGAUACGGUUACCGUGACACACUUCUCGUUGGACAGUUGGGGUCAGAUUGAGCAGAAAACUACACCGCUAACCCCCAAGGUUUCUAAUCAGUCCCAGAACCCGUUUAAUCCUUUCACAAGCAACGAGAACAAUGACCUUGCCCAAGUUUCGGAGGAAAAAGAAAUGCCAGCAGCUAGGACCAUAGGCGAAGAGGAAGAAAAUAAAAACACAAAUCCCUUUAUCGACUGUAAUCCAUUCUUUGGCUUACUGAAUCCAUUUAAAGAGGAACAGUCUGUUGCUUUGGAGCGGAAGGAUGACGGGGAGAGAGAAGUUGAGCGAGGUGGGGCGAGGAUUGUGAAAACUGAGGAAAUUCAAACUACGACAACCACUGUUGCUCAUAAGGAUGAUGGGCAGGAAGUUUCUGAUAUUAGUCCAUGGCUCGUGGCUGACCCAACUCAGGAGACUCCAUCGGUUCAAAGCCCGCCACGCCAUACUGUAAUCACUAGAAAGACAGUCAUCACUACACAGCUAUGAAUUCUGCCAGAACUUUGUUCAUCAAUCUGUUCAGUGUUUUUAAAUAUUUUAACCACAACAGUAUCGUUCCUUCCAGGUUUAUAAAUAUAUACAAUCCAUUUUAUUCAUAUAUUAUAUAGAUACAUAUAUAUAUAUAUACCAUAUAUAUACAAAUAUAUACACACACGUGCCUUUACCAGAUAGUGGAAAGAAAAUUGAGAAGGAAAAUGUGAAAUUCGACACGAUUGAUGACUUGAACGAAUGGUGAUUCGUUUUCAUCAACGAUGACAUUGUUUAUUUUCUGUUCGCCAAGAUUUGCCUGCAGUUUUUUUAGUCCAUUUUGUUUGUUUUUUUUUUUCGUUAUAUUCUUUGUUAUUUAUUUGUAAAUAAGAUACAAAUUUUUAUGUUACUAAAUUCACACGAUUUACAUCACGCAUGUAUUCAUCCAACUGAAGACUGGACGGUUUUUUUCUUGUCUUCAUAUUCGAAGUCUCACGUUAAUUGCAAACUAUAGUAUGAUUAUAAUCCUGCGGAUGAUCAAUCAAGUACGUGUUUCAAAUUUUUUGAACGUUUAAUUUGAUAUUGGAUUACCUUAAUUAUACUCGGUUUUCACGGGUGAAGUAAGGCAGCUAUAAAGUUUUUACGCUUAAUUUAUAUUGGUGUAUCCUGAGUAGAAAUAUUAUGAUGAUUGAUAGGAAGGAGUGGGUUAAAAAGGAAUCUCUUAACUGAUGAAGUAUUCGACGAACGUAUUAUCGGGACCAUAACGUUUGUACUAUUUAUAACAAUUCUCUUAGAAUAAUAUUAGGAUAUACAAUCAUAAAAACGUAUAUAUUUAAUUUUAAGACCUGGCACGUUAUACCUGCCACAUUACUAACAAAGUGUGUAAUAUCUAUACGUAGAAAUGUAUCUUGACCUAGGUAUUAUAUAUGUAGCAGAAUCUUGAAUAUGUAGGUCUUCUCAACAAAAACUCAAUUCUUUGUGUUUAUUAAAAACAUGCCUUAGGUAGGACCCACAGUUGGCUCAAAACGUCAACACUAAAAAUUGAGUUUUCGUUGAGAAAGAUCUACAUGUCCAAGAUUCCGCUAUAUCCAAUAUUUGUACACUUAAAUACAUGCAUCAGUUACCAGAACUGAUGGAGAGAGCGUGCACCUAAUUCACCUGCCUCCGGACUUUUUACAUCAUCUUUUCAUCACGAAAUGAUCAUUGCAUUAUUUUUUCUGACUCUAAAGUAAGCUUUUAUGGUUCAAAUUGAACUCUUGAUAUUUUUUUAAUUCCGCUCGCUCUCCUUUCUACGUUUGCAUACGUAUAGAUACGUACAUAAAUGUAUCGCGUAUAUUAACGCAACCAUACAGAUACUUAUACAAAAUGUAUUAGCGUUGUGCAUUCCAUAAGGUAUAAAAUAAUAUUACGUGGCCUUACUUAUGUUGUAAUACAAUUAUUGUCAGAAAAUUGUGCCUCGUUAGGACAUUUAUACACAUACAUAUGAAAAGUGUAUCUAGGACUCUUUCUACAAAUAGAAAUUAAAUUAAUAG